CUGCUUCUGCUUUUUGGGAUAUAGCCUCUUGUAUUUAUCCUUGAGGAGAAGCAUUUUAGUCAAAUUUCAUACAUAUCAGAAUCAGAUUCUGAGAAACACAGAACAUAUCCACGUUUCGAACAUGUGUCUAAAUGUGUAAAUAUAAUUGUUCUUUUAAGGCUUUUUUGCUGUAUUUUUUAUUGGCUUUAGGUUCAUGUAAAGAUUCCUCUCCUGUCCUCUCUCUCGAUCGUUUAUAUAUAUAUAUAAACAUGAGUAGGCCAACCACCCCACAACUCCUUUCUCAUCCAUUCCUUCUAGCUGUCUCUUUCUUCUUCUUCCUCCUUUCCUCUCAACUAUCCCAUUGUCCCUCAUGGCAGCUACAGCAUCAUCAAAUGCUUCUGCAGAAGCACUUUCCAAUCUAAGAAUCGUAGUAGAAAGCAAUCUCUCUGAUUCACGAUUAUCUGAGUUGGGUAUUAACUCAUGGCCCAAAUGGGGGUGUCCGCCUGGAAAGUACACAUUGAAGUUUGACGCAGCGGAAACAUGUUAUCUGGUGAAAGGCAAAGUGAAGGUAUACCCUAGAAAAGGCUCAUCAUCAUCAUCGUCUUCAGAUUUUGUAGAGUUUGGUGCUGGGGACCUUGUGACCAUUCCCAAGGGAGUCAGUUGCAUAUGGGACGUCUCAGUUGCUAUCGAUAAACACUACAAAUUCGAUUCUUCGUGAUCAUAUCAUCUUCAUCAUCAUAAUUAAUUAGCUAAUUAAGCUAGCCAUCUUCCAUUAAUUAUUGUACGUAGCUUCUGGUUUCUGUUUAGCUAAUCAUGAAAUGCAUGUAAUUAAGUAUAAUCUCCCACACA